AUGGCGAAGACGGCGGCGACAGUGGCGAUGACUGGACUUACGGAGAGGGAGAUAGCAAGGGCGACAGUGAUGGCGACGGCACGAUACCUGCUCGGCGAUGGCGCGGCAAAGGCGAUGAUGCUAGAUCGAUCAAAGGCGGCAACAGCGGGGACGAGCGACGACAACAAGGGCAAGGGCAAACUGAUGGCAACAAUCGCGGCAAACAAUGAUGGCGACGGUGGAUCCUGGACGGUUUUAUUUUCUACUAACGAUCUUAACCCAAGUUUGCCUAGUCCUGUUGUAUCUUUAUUGCAGGAAUUUGAAGAUGUCUUUCCUGAUGAACUUCCUGGAGGGAUACCACUGAUUCGAGGCAUAGAACAUCAAAUUGACUUGAUUCCUGGUGUGCCAUUACCUAAUCGACCAGCAUAUCGAAGCAAUCCUGAGGAGACAAAUGAACUUCAGCGGCAAGUUAGCGAACUAUUGGAAUGGGGGUAUGUGAGAGAGAGUCUUAGCCCGUGCGCCGUCCCUGUUUUGUUAGUGCUAAAGAAGGAUGGAACUUGGCAAAUGUGUGUCGAUUGCCGAGCAAUCAAUAAUAUUAUGGUAAAGUAUCGACAUCCUAUUCCUAGGUUAGAUGACAUGUUGGAUGAGUUGCAUGGUUCUUGCGUUUUCACUAAGAUCGAUUUGAAAAGUGGCUAUCAUCAAAUUAAGAUGAAAGAAGGUGAUGAAUGGAAAACCGCAUUUAAGACCAAGUAUGGAUUAUAUGAGUGGUUAGUAAUGCCAUUUGGAUUAACUAAUGCACCGAGCACGUUUAUGCGACUUAUGAAUCAUGUUUUGCAUGCUUUUAUUGGUCGAUUUGUGGUUGUCUAUUUCGAUGACAUCUUAAUUUAUAGCCAAAGUCCAGAUGACCAUAUUGAGCAUGUGCAAGUAAAUUUCAUCCGAGAUAUUCUGCAACAUCAAUCAAGAUCGUCCCUUCUUUGGCAAGGUAACUACAGAGGAGACAUUCCCUUACAUGCUGCUGCUAAAGUGGGAAACGACCAUGCGGUUCGAGUCUUCAUGGAUUUGGCAAAAUCACUAGAUCAAUCUGAUGCAUGCAAAAAGCUGCUUAGGAGACUGAAUAAUAAUAAGGAUACCUCGUUGCACUAUGCAAUAAGGGGAGGUCACGAGUCGGUGGUUGAGUUGCUGAUUAAAGAAGAUCCUCAACUAUGUGAUAUUACUAAUGCUGUUGGUGAGUACUUGCUUUAUCUUGCAGCACAUCGAAGCCUUCCAAAUAUCAUUGAGCUGAUUUUACAUGCUUCCCCGUUGCCAUUCUCUCAUAAGGGCCCUAAGGGACUGACAGCUCUACAUGCUGCAGUGCACUCCUCACUAACAAUUUCGAAGAAAAUCUUGGAGAAGAGACCAGACGUGAUCAAUGAAGGAGAUGAUAUUGGGUGGACUCCUCUUCAUUAUGUCGCUUACUCUGGAAAAGACGAAGCAGUUCAACUGCUCCUGAAACACGAUACUUCUGCGGCAUAUGGCUUAGACAAAGAGGGAGAUUCAGCUCUUCACAUUGCAGCGUUUCAAGGCCACAUCAAAGUCAUUGACGAGCUCGUUACAGUUUGGGUGGACUGUUCAGCCACAAAUAAGGAACAUUUGACCGCCCAUGACAUUUUUGAUGCUCACAAAGAGGUCGGCUACGCUGCCGCAAAAGCUCAUCACUUGUUGGGAGAAUUUGGUGCAUUCUAUUUUCAACGCGUGGUUGUUGAAAAUGUUAAGAAGUGGCUAGACAAGCCAAAUGAUAUCUCUAUAACCACAGAAAGGAAUAUUGCCUACCAAGAAAAUUACGAUGUAUUUGCCAAGUUUCAAAUACUAGUGUCGGUACUCAUAGCCACAGUUGCCUUCGGCGCGUCCUUGACGAUGCCCGGAGGUUAUAACAACGACAAUGGAAUGGCGAUUCUUGCUGGCAGGGCAGCUUUCCAAGCCUUUGUGAUAUUGAACUCUAUAGCGUUCGGUUUGUCAGUGCUGGCAUUAACCUUACAAUACGCUGCUACUGCCAUGAAAGGUCACCUGAGGGUAGGAUAUGCCAGCACCGCCACAAAUUGCGCUUACACGGCUGAGAUUGCGAUGAUACUAGCCUUUGCUUGUUGUACGUAUGUUGUAUUGCCCAGAACCAUCGGGCUCGGAAUCGUUUCUAUUGUUGGGUUUGGAUUAGGCCUGACUUUGUACCACAUCAGUCUUUUCCUUGACCCCGACGUAAGUUUUCUCGGGUCGUCACGUAGCUCUCACAAAAGAUACAUCCGAAACUUAUUGUUUGAUUAUGGUAUUAUCUAGGAAAGUUGCUAACAAGUUGGGCCGAUUCUAUAGUCCCGUGACCUUCUGCACGGGAAUUUGUCAGCAGUCAAAGUAAACCAACUGUGGCCGUGCUCAAGAUUGACAGGAGCGCUGCAAAGGCCAACAAGUUGAGACUUCUCCUGUACGUGAAGGAUGUCCAAGUCGACUCCAUCACAGUUAACCAAAAAAUAAUCCAAGAGGGUUAGCAGUUGCUGAGCAGUUGCUGUAGGUAUUCUUUGGUGAUAAUCUUUUGGUUGCAAUGAAGUGUCGGAUU